AUGUCUAUGCUCGAUGACUUUGUCGAGCAUUCGGCUGGCCCUUCACUCCCUCGUCAUUCCUCUGGAGCAUACAGGGCACCUGUACCUGUCGGCGGGGAGUAUGGCAUCGAUGCUGUCGAAUACGAAGGCUUUGAACCUGAUCUUUCGGAGGACAGUAUAGAAGGAGAUACCUCCCUUGUCACCGCUCUAGAAACCGGGUUCAUUCCUUCUUCUCGAAAUGAUCCCUCCCUCUCACCUCUAUUCGCUCUCUCACUCGUUCAAUAUUCCCCUCCUUCUGCAAUACUUCAUCUAGUCAGCUCCAACAAUCACUUGUUCCUCGCCACAAACCCUCUUUCCAUCGUCAUAAUCGACUUGAACAAGCCUGAAGAUCUUCUCACCAUCCUUCUUCCUCGUCCUGCUCCAGAUAAAGGUUCUCCGAACCCUCAAACGAAAGAUGGUCCAGUCAUACACCGGUUAUUUGUGGAUCCUGCGGCAAGACAUCUGAUUAUCACCACUACCACGGGAGAUGCUUUCUAUCUACCUUUGAGCCCUGGGAAUCCUGCUGUUCAAUCGAGACGCCCCAGACCAUUACGUCUCCGAGCAGCCAUCACUGCAGUUGGAUGGUCUCCCGUGUCUGGAACCGCCGCGGAAGGAGACAACCAGGCUUCUAAAGGUGACACUGUAACUCCUCCAGCUACGGACGUCUUAUUGGGUACGACCACAGGUCAAAUAUUGUCUCUACCACUCCCACCACAGGAUGAUAUCUUCAAAUCGGUCGCUAUCGGUAUGUCUAAGCCCCUGGAAAGGGAUAUGCAGACGGUGUACACUCUUCCCGAUCCACAGCCUGUCACUGGAGUGGCUUUCGGGUUCUGGCCAGCAGCGAGCAAGGGAGGUAAAAGACGUGCCUGGGUCGUAAUUACCACAAAUGAAAGAAUGUACGAAGUACAAGGAGAUGUGAGUAGUACAGUGGCCGGUGGAAAGGGUGGAGGUUGGGUAGAGGAGGUCUUCAAACCUGCUCGAGAGGGUGCUCCCAAAUUUCAGGAGCUUCCUGGACAACCUCCAAACUCAGAGCUGAAAGUCUAUCUUCCAGUAGUUGACGGACAAAAUGCUGCAUCACUUCCUGCACCGUCCGCCCUCGCGUGGCUUACUGCUCCUGGUCUGUAUGCCUCCCCAAUAGCAGCGUCCUCGGGAGGGGACAUCCUGCCCAAACCUUCUCUACUUCCGUACCCCCUUUCAGACGAGUCUACGCCUCCUCCAUUCAGCCGCACUGCAGUAUCCACUACGCCUCGAUUACCUCCGGUACCUAUAUCGGUCUCGAUCACGCAAUGGCACUGGUUGCUGCUGUACCCGACUCGAAUUGUAGGGAUCAGUCGAGAGAGUGAGAAGCAGGUAUGGGAGGAGAAUCUUCCUCUGGCCGUGGAUGAGCGGGCGACCGGUUUGUCUUCCGAUCCCGUUUCUAAGACUUUCUGGAUCUUUACAGACCGCGCCAUCCUUGAGGUAUUGGUCAGCAACGAAGAUCGUGAUGUUUGGCGGGCAAAGGUGGAGAAGAGUGACUUUGUGGAAGCUCUACGAUAUGCUCGGACUCCAGCACAGAAAGACAUUGUCCUGUCUCGUCAAGGGGACUAUCAAUUUGAGCAAGGACGCUAUAUUCAAGCCGCACAGUCAUAUGCCAAGAGUAGCCGAAACUUCGAAUUCGUCGCUCUCAGGUUUGUCGACGCCGAUGAACGGGAUGCCCUCCGUGUCUAUCUCUCAGACUGUUUGGACCGUCUAGACAAAAAGGAUCGCACGCAACGUAUGAUGCUUGCCACUUGGCUGAUCGAGAUUUAUCUGAGCAAAUGUAAUACGUUAGAGGAUAUCGUUGCUGCGGAAUCGGCCACAUCAGAUGUGGAAAGUUUGAAAAUCGAGAGGCAGAUGAUGGAAGAAGACAUGAGAAACUUCAUUAGUACUUACUUGAAUGACUUGGAGCCGAAAGUUGUCUACGAACUCAUUUUGAGUCAUGGUCGGACUGAUCUGUAUCUUUUCUAUGCCGACUUGAAGAAAGAUCAUGAAAGGGUGGUGGAACAUUGGGUUGAUGAGGAAGAUUGGCUGAAAGCUAUCGAUGUGUUGAACCGACAAACAUCUGUCGAGCUGUACUAUCGUUUCGCUUCCAUCCUCAUGCGUUUCAGACCUAAGGAAACUGUCGACGCGUUUAUUCGACAACCUGUACUCUCCCCUCGUCGUCUCAUUCCCGCAUUAUUGCAAUACUCUUCACCCCCUCCCCCCGUUGCGGCGGAUCAUACAAUUCGAUACCUCCUACAUUUGAUACACCAACAACAUCUGACAGAUACCAUAAUUUACAACCUUCUCAUCACUCGGUUCGCUACUCAUCCAGACCCCGAUUCGGGUCCUUUAUUACGGUUCCUCAUGGCUUGUCCGGAUGAUCCUUUGACAGAAAAGCCAUACUACGAUUUAGACUAUGCUUUGAGACUUUGCAAGCAGAAUAACCGUGUGGAACCAUGCGUGUUGAUUUAUUCCAAAAUGGGCUUGUAUGAGAAUAGUGUCGAUCUUGCUUUAAGCAAAGGUGAUUUGGAGUUGGCAAAAAUCAAUGCGGAUAGGCCGGAGGAUGAUGAGGGGUUGAGAAGGAAAUUGUGGUUGAAGAUUGCGAGAUAUGUCGUUCAAGAACAGCGGGAUAUCAAGAGUGCAAUGAAAUUUCUCGAAGCGACCGAUUUGAUCAAAAUCGAAGAUAUCCUUCCCUUCUUCCCUGACUUUUCGGUAAUAGAUGACUUCAAGUCCGAGAUCUGUGCUGCAUUGGAAGAGUACUCUGCGAAGAUUGAUGCCCUUCGAUCAGAGAUGGACGAAGCUACACAAAGUGCAGAGGCUAUCAGAAAGGACAUUGACGGUCUGUCUGGGCGGUUCGUCACCAUUGACGCUGGAGAUAAAUGUGGGAAGUGUGGACUUGGUUUGGUCAGCAGACAGUUUUAUGUCUUUCCAUGUCAACAUGGUUUCCACGCGGACUGUCUUAUCUCCAUGGCAAUGGAAUACCUACCUGCUCCAAGUCUACGUCGUAUCUUACACCUCCAAAACGAACUCAUCCAAUCCGACAUUUCCAAUCGUACUCUUCUCUCUUCAAAUUUCACUCCCAACGGUUCCCGUCCAGAGACACCUUCUCGUAAAGGAAAAGAAUCCCUACGUUCUAGGGAGAUCACUUCUGGGUCCGCUGCCACCGACGCUCUAUUGGGUCUCACGGGUCGUAAUCAACUUCUCGCUGCUGGUGACAAAUUGAGAGAACUCAUCAUACCUGAUGCUUUGGCUCAAGCCGUCAGUGCGGGAUUCACUUCUAUACCGGGAGUCGGCGGAAAUGUUGGGAAGAAGGGUAAAACGAGGAAAGAUAGGGAGAGGGAAGAGGAAAAGUCUGAAGCGGCGAGAAAAGAGUUGGAUGGGAUAGUUGCUGCUGUUUGUCCUCUGUGUGAAGGGGCGGUGGUUAAUCUAGAUAAGGGGUUUAUCAAGGAGAAUGAGGAUGCUAGGGAUUGGGAAGUGUGAUGUAUUCAUUUGUCUUU